AUGUCGUCGAAUGCACAUAAUUAUAACCGUGUGAAACGAUCACAAAUAAUGUCAAACGAUGGUGUAUGUACUCCUUAUGGUAUCGUAUCUGAAGCACAAUUGAUAUCUAUAGAAGCAGUAAGUAUAUGGUUAAAUAAUCAAUCUUCAUGGUCUCAAUGUAUGUGUCAAGCUCUUCAAUAUACACAACCAUCAAUUGUAGCAUUUAAUAUUUUUUUAAAUAAUAAAACAUGUCAAUUAAUUUCAAAUAUUUAUUCUUCAAAUGCAACAUUUUAUAUAAUAUCAUCACCAAAUUCUACACUUUAUAUUUUAACAACAAAUUUUAUUUAUCAAUUAAAAUCAAUAUGUUGUUCAGAUAUAUCAUGGCUUAUAAAUAAAAUUCAACAAUCAGAUACAUUUCAUAAUAUUAAUAUUACACAACCAGUUGGUUUAGCACUUGAUUAUGAUCUUAACAUGUUAAUAGUAACUUAUGGAAGUCGAAGAUCAAUACAACAGAGAGAAGCAACAAUAAAUGUGACUAGUAAAAAAAAUUUAUUUACAAAAACUAAUGCACAACCAAUUAGUUAUCAUGAAGGAGUUUAUUAUAUUGGUAUUAAUCCUCCAAUUUCAACUUCAUCAUAUUAUCUUUACAGUUAUAACACAAGUUUAUCACGUAUUUUUGAUAUGCCUUUUCCAGAAGGUGAUCCUCAACGUGCUGUAUGGCUUUAUAAUAAUUCAAUAAUGUGUGUUAUUAUUCAACAAAAUCAAACUUCAACAUUAGCUUUUCUUAAUUGGUAUUCAUCACCAUUCAAUUUUACAUAUAAUCGAACAAUAUCAAUUCCAUUUAAUAAACCUUAUGGUUUAGCAAAAUCAAAUGAUGAUACAAUGAUUUAUGUUAGUGGAGAUACAGCAACAAUUUAUCAAUUAUCUACUAGAACAUUUACUUGGUCAAUGCUUGUUUCAAAUUAUAAUAGUACAGAAAUACCGAUGUCUUUAUUUGUUGAUUCUUGUGGUGAUCGUCUUUGGGUACUUAUGUUAGGAUUUGGUAUUCGUGUAUAUGAUCGAAUAUAUGGAAAUGAACUUGCUUCAUGGAAUAUGUCAAUGACCUAUUCGACUCUUUAUGAUAUGAUAUUAACAUCUGGUUAUGAACUCUAUUUAGUGGAUUAUUCAACGGAACAACUUAUUCACUAUGGUUCAUCAUUAAAAGAACGAUGCACAAUCAACACAUGA